UAUUUGCAGCGUUCACAAAUCACGGUUACAUGAAUAUACUUUUCCAACAGAAAUCAUCGGACUGCUCUAGUACCUUCCUGAACUACAAAGUUUUGCAUUUUCCUUCAAAAUUUCAUAACCCUUUUCUCUCUCCUCCCCUGUUUCUCUCCAAGGUGUUGAUGAAUUUUUGACACAUAUUGAGGUGUUUGGGAUGCUCAGACGAUUAUUGAUGUGUUUGGGUUGCUCAGACAAUUAACUAUUGUGAAUAAUCUUUGUUAAAUGGUGGUUUUAUUUGACGCUUUUUCGACACAUUACCGUGUUUGGGUUGCUCAGGCUUUGAAACUGAUUGGUGGGAAAGUGAAGAGGAAGGAAACACUAUCAGUUGUUUAUUGAACAAGUUAUUUGUAGAAGUAUAGAUUGGAAGAUGGAUAUAGGUGGAAGAAGGGUAUCUAGAGGUAUGCUACCCUUAUUGGCUUUUCAUACAGUGAGGGAGUAUUAUAGACUUGAAAGAAAACCUCCUGUGACUGCUGGCUUGUUGGCUGCCAAUACUCUAAUCUAUUUAAGGCCUGCUUUUUUGGAGUCUAUCCUCCCUAAUAUCAACGAGGUUUGGUUCAAUGCGUAUCUAAUUCUUAAGCAUAGGGAUCUUAAACGGUUGUUGCUGUCACCAUUUUAUCACAUGAAUGAGACUCAUCUGGUUUACAACAUGUUGUCGCUUCUAUGGAAGGGGAUACAGUUGGAGACUUCAAUGGGAAGCGUAGAAUUCGCCUCCAUGGUUGCUGCAUUACUGACCAUGUCACAGGGAAUAACCUUAUUGUUGUCCAAGUCCCUCCUCAAGUUGUUUGAAUAUGAGAAAGCAUAUUACUCAGAAUAUGCAGUGGGAUUUUCUGGUGUUCUCUUUGGUAUGAAAGUUGUGCUGAAUGCUCAGACUGAUGAUUACACAUCUGUGCAUGGUAUUAUUGUGCCUUCACGUCAUGCUGCAUGGGUUGAACUGAUACUCAUUCAGUUGUUUGUACCAGGUGUCUCUUUUCUUGGUCAUCUUGGUGGGAUAUUAGCUGGGAUUGUUUAUCUGCAUUUGAAACGAUCAUAUUCAGGUCCUAAUCCUUUGAGAUCCGUUGUUAGAAGUAUUUCAAGUGUAUUUAGGUGGCCUUUGAGAAGGUAUUUUGGCAGAGGACAGAGAAACAACAUGACUCGAGUAUGGAGAUGUCCCGGUUGUACAUUUGACAAUUCAGAUAUGCUGUCUGUGUGUGAGAUGUGUGGUACUGGUAUAGAUGGGAGUGAUUUGUCAUCAAAUUUGCAGAAUGGCCUCCUCUCUCAGGAUGAGUUGCGGCGUAGGAGGGUUGAAAGAUUUAGCACUAGCAGAUAGCUUCCUGGUGUGUUGAUAAUUGAUAGUCAUGCAUUUUGUACCUCCAUUAUAAGUUUAUAACUAACUUGGAUAUGGAUAACUUUCAAACUACGAAAGAGAGUUUUCCACUCUGA